UAAAAUUGCCGUUUACAGUUUCGUCCAAACACACAGUGAGGAAAAAGAAAGAGAGAAGCUUUUCAAUUCGUUCCAUCGGCGAGAGAAACGAAAAUGAUGCAGCAAGGGAAGAGUAGUAGCAGUGGAUCUGAGAUGCAAGUGACAUGGGAGGACCAACAAAACAUUAACACCUUCAGCCGUCUCAACAACCGGUUCCACGAACUCGAAGACGAUAUCAAACUCGCCAAGGAAAAGUGUGACAAUCUAGAAGAUGCGGGGAACGAGUUGAUCCUUUCCGAUGAGGAGAUGGUGCGGUUUCAGAUCGGAGAAGUGUUUGCUCAUAUGCCGAGGGAAGAGGUGGAAACAAAGAUAGAAGAGAUGAAAGAGGCCACCUUCAAAAGCCUUGAGAAUCUCCAACAUGAGAAGGAAUCUAUCGUCUCGCAAAUGGCAGAGCUCAAGAAGGUGUUGUAUGCUAAGUUCAAGGAUUCUAUCAAUCUCGAAGAAGAUUGAUUCAUUAAACUUGGAGAGAUGAUUCACAGUUCUGUUUCAGUUCACAAACAAAACCCUUUUGAUUUUUAUUACUUUAAAGUUUUCUUGUAAGUUUUGAUUACUUACAAAGAAAGCCAAAACAAAUCAACUUGAUCAAUUAGCU